AUGCACAGCGCCGGCGCACUGACGGCGUGGGCCUGGGGUGUGGGCAGGAUCAUCGACGGUCUUGAGCAGCUCGGCGCCGCGCAGGCGGGCGUUGACACCAAGAGACUCGUCGUGACUGGGUGCUCGAGGAACGGAAAGGGCGCGUUCGUCGUCGGCGCCUUGGAAAAGAGGGUUACCCUAACGAUCCCGCAGGAGUCGGGCUCCGGCGGGGCCGCCUGCUGGCGCAUCUCGGACAGCGAGAAGAACAAGGGUAAGAACAUCCAGACUUCAGGACAGAUGGUCCAAGAGAGCUGGUUCUCUCCCAAUUUCAACACGUGGUCCACCAGGUCUUCCCAGAUUCCCGAGGACCAUCACCUGUUGGCCGGGCUCGUGGCGCCGCGGGGCCUCUACGUGACCGAGAACGACAUUGACUGGCUGGGCCCCGUAUCGACGACGGGCUGCAUGAAGGCCGGACGGCUCAUCUACCAGGCUCUCGGGGUGCCGCAGAACAUGGGAUUCUCUCUGGUCGGCGGACAUAACCACUGUCAGUUCCCAAGCGAGCAGAACGCCGAGUUGACGCAGUACAUCAACUACUUCCUGCUCGACCACACGACGAAGCCGUCGCCACUCGAGCGCAGUACCGUUAACGUCAGCGUCGGGGACUAUGCGUCCUGGACGACGCCCAUGCUUUCUUAG